AUGGUGGUAUUCUUCAUCACCUGCCAUGUUGGUAAAAACGCCAACUUGGUCUGGUAUCUAUUACUGACAUUUAAUUUACAGCUUGUUCCUCGACCAAUGGGCAAUUUUCAUCUGUACGAGACUGUAAAUUUUAUAAAUCUGUGGGACUCUCUUGCAGGCCCGCCCAUCCUUUUUCUUCCCAUUCCCUACGCUAAGCAGGCUAUUAACUCUUUGUCAUUCUUAAAAGAAAUGCCACACAACAGCAAUGAUACAGGAACGCAGGCAGCAAGAGUGAAAAUCAAUGCUUGCAGAUGUCUCAGUGCACCAGUAUAUAAAGGAAUCAUGAAGAAAGGAUACAAAAUCCCUACUCCAAUACAAAGAAAGGCUAUACCAGUUGUUAUGGAUGGAAAGGAUGUCGUAGCAAUGGCAAGGACAGGAUCUGGUAAAACAGCUGCAUUUUUGAUCCCAAUGUUUGAGAAACUUCAGUCUCAUUCUGCAAAGACAGGAGCAAGAGCUUUGAUUCUUUCACCAACAAGAGAACUGGCUAUGCAAACACUCAAGUUCAUUAAAGAGAUUGGUCGUUUCACAGGUUUAAAGUCUGCUGUUGUCCUUGGUGGGGACAGUUUUGAGAGUCAAUUUGCAGCAAUACACAAGAAUCCUGACAUUAUUGUGGCAACACCUGGUCGUUUUCUUCAUGUCAUUACUGAAAUGGACCUUAAGUUAUCGUCUGUGGAAUAUGUUGUCUUUGAUGAAGCAGAUAGGUAUGUAGUAAGUGGCAUAUCCAGAUUUUUUCAAAUCACAAACUCUACUUUUCUCUGCCACACUACCAAGACUUCUUGUAGACUUUGCCAAGGCUGUUUGAUCCUUUCAGCCCGAACGAUCAACGUUAGCAAGUUUCAACACAAGAAAACCAUGGUAAUGGUUGUUACGGAUGUCGCAGCUCGUGGUAUCGAUAUUCCUAUGUUAGAUAACGUUAUUAACUUUCAUUUCCCUGCAAAAUCAAAGCUUUUUGUUCAUAGAGUUGGUCGAGUUGCUAGAGCAGGAAGGACAGGAACUGCGUAUUCUCUAGUCGCCAAUGAUGAGGUAGCCCACAUGUUGGACCUACAUCUCUUUCUUGGUCGUCCACUCAGACUAGCAACCACWGAAUCCACCAGUGAAGAGGCAAAUUUAUUCGGAGGUGUUCCGCAAAGCAUUGUGGAUGAGGAGGAUGACUUCUUGAGAACUGCGCAUGAUCAGUCAUGUGAUUUGGCGUCUUUACAAGGAGUUUAUACCAAUGCAUAUAAACAAUAUUUACGUUCAAGACCCGUUGCCUCGUCAGAAUCAGUCAAACGAGCCAAGGAAUUGGUUACGUCUUCCAUAGCAGUACACCCGGUGAUAGGGUCAGUCGGGGACCAGUCAUCAAUCACACAGGCACAGCUUCUCGAAGGAGUUCGAAACUUCAAAUCUCGUCAGACGAUUUUUGAGGUGGGUCCAACCUCCAAAACCAAUGGCCAUCACGUGAUGAAGCUUAAACGUAAAAGACACGGAGAAGUUAUAGAAAAAGCCCACCAAAGAAAACAUGAACAACAGAUGAAAGACACCACAAGACAGUUUGAGUCAGCUGAACAAUGUGACUUAGCAGAUGACAGCGAUGUCAAGAGUCUAUUCACGACAGUUAUUGAUUCUGGUAAUAAAAAACGCAAUAAAUAUGAGCCUUCAAAGACUUAUCGAGAUGAAAACUACAUUCCUCACCGUUCGACAGACCAUUAUGCUGAAAAAGGAUUCGGACUUGAGAUCAGUACAUUUGAGAAAGAAGCAGCCGGUUCAGUGAUUGAAAUUAAAGGCGAUGAUGACCAGGGACUUCGUCGAUCAAAAAGCGUCAAAAAAUG